AUGGACGUGGACGAUAUCAACAGUUUACCUAGCAAUCACAAGACCGCCUAUGAUAUGCAUCACGAUGAUUAUGACCGGGAAAACGCACUUCGCAGACUUCGAACGGCCGGAAGCAUAUCCAUUACCCCUGAGCUUUUCGAGAAGAUUUACUUAUCACCCGCAAACCGCGUAUCAAACAACUUGAGGUCGACUUUGGGCAAUCCGACACCCCUAGCACUCUGCGGCUUCUUGUUAUCUUUGAGUCCUCUUUCGAAUAUUCUGCUGGGCUGGAGGAAGUCCGGCGACUCGGGCGCUGCAGAAGUGGGUGUCUAUUACUUCUUCGGCGGCCUGUUGAUGAUUAUUGGAUCCGUCUUGGAGUUCAUCCUCGGCAACACGUUUCCCUUCGUCGUCUUUGGAUCCUUCGGUGCCUUUUGGUUGAGUUGGGCGGCAACAUUGACUCCCUUCUACAACGCCUCCAUCGCAUACGACCCCGGGGACCCCACUGCAAGCGCCACGAACGCCACCUUCGCAAGUACCUUUGCUUUUUUCCAUUUAUACAUGGGCGUCCUAUGCUUCAUCUAUCUCCUCUGUUCACUGCGGACGAAUAUUUGCUUUGUCCUGAUUUUUGUCUCGCUCGUUCCUGCGUUCUCUCUUAUGGCAGCUACCUAUUGGCAACUGGCUGAGGGCCACGCAAGCACCGCUCUGACGUGCCAGCAUGCGGCUGGUGGCUUGGUCUUCGCCGUGUGCUUACUGGGCUGGUAUCUACUCGCUGCUCAGUUGUUGGCCAGCGUCGACUUCCCCCUGAAUCUUCCGGUGGGAGAUCUCAGCAACGUCGUCAAAGGUGCCACCGCCAGAGCUGCUGCUCGAGGAGAAAGAGCCGAGUCGAAGGAUGACUAG